AUGCCACCAGACGUAUUGCAAAAGCAAUUUUCCAUUAAUGAACCCAAGCAUGAGCCGAUACACGCAAUCGUGAUCGAUUUAUCUACUGUUCCUCAAAUCGACUACACCGGUGCUCAGUGCCUCAUCGAGGUGUUCAACGAGCAGCGAAGUAAAGGAAUUGCAGUGCUCUUCGCAGCAGCGCCAUUACAACUACUGGCUCGAUUGGAAUCAGUAUUGGAUUCGAAUGAUGCGAGUAUUCUUACGAAUUUCUAUCCGUCAAUCGAUGAUGCCCUCAACAAUAUCAAAUAG